UGCCAUAGUUACACAACCCUACUCACCGAAGGCCUGCAACGUCACACUGGCUAGCUUUCGCCAAAACCGCCCCUGUGUUACAAAGGGAGGACGCAGACGACGAGAAGAAAACAGAGAGAACGCGAUUCGAUUUGUGCGGUGUUUGGCUUGAAGCCAGUCCACGAAACAGUUUGAGAAGGAGGGUUAAAAAAAGAAAAAGAAAAAAACAAUGACGGGGCUGCCGAGGGACGUCACAAGAUGGCUGCAGAGCCUCGAACUGACUAUCCAACCAAUGAACAUACGCAGAGAAUUUUGCAGUGGCUACCAUGUAGCUGAGAUAUUUUGCCGUUAUUAUCCCAGGGAUUUUGAAAUUUGUUGCGUCACCAAGGGAACAUCAUUCUCUAUCAAGCAGGACAACUGGAACAAGAUACGCCGAGCACUGCAGAAGUUGCGUCUGCACCUGUCUGAGAAGCUGAUCUACGGGACCAUCCACUGUAAACCGGGAGCAGCUGAGUUGCUGCUGCAGCAGGUGUAUUCUGUCCUGACCAAGCACAGGCCUCAAACAGCUCAAAGCUCACAGUUGGAUUUCUCUGACCAGAAGUACCAGCAGCUACUCCCUCCGGUGGCUCGGUCCACCGCCACCACGGCCGUGAAGAGCAACCUGAGAAAGACUGAGAUAUUGGCCCUGCCUGACACCCUCAUCAAUGGGCGGAGGGCCGAGGCCAUCAUCAGCAAGCAUCGGCAAGACAAGAUUGCAGACAGGGCGAUGACUGAUUGUGGGCGUUCAAACUUGGUCAAGUCAAAACUCAUACAAACAACAGUGGAAAAUCUGAAUGGAGAUGAAAAUUACUCUGUCAGCGAGCUGUGCCUCCAAUCACCACUGAGUGGUGCUGUCGUCUCGUACAAGACCAUCAAAGUGAACCAGCCUGCCAGAAGACUUCCACAAAGCUGUUAAAGCAAACGUGCAUGCAUCCCACCUCACCCCUCACAAUUCAAACCAGUUCCCAAUGUCUCAGUAACGUAAAGUUCUGUAGCUUGCUCUUCUCAAAUAAUUUCCUCCAAGGAUCUAUAAUUACGGGACCUUGACAAAAUUAACCUGCUCUACGUGAAAUCUUACAAGGACAAAAGGGAUUGUAUUUUCCCUGGUUGAGGCAGCAUUACUUGAUCACCAUAAAUUAUACCUGUCAAUUAUAGCAGAUCCAAGUAUGUGGCGCAUAUAGUGUUCUUAAAUAAAUAUCCCCCCCUCACCCCGAUUUUACAGAGUGUGUGUGUAAGGGAGAUGCAUUUUGCCUGAAUUUGCAAGUGUCAGUUAGAUAUUCUAGAUUCAAGUUGUUUAUUGCCACUCUCAGUUUAAUUGUCAAUCAAAACAAAACAAAGAGUUAAGACCUUGUGUGUAUAUUUAUUUUUAUUGUAACGAUCAGGCUAAGUAACAGACAAUAUAUUGCGUAAUGGCCAGCAACUUUUUUUACACUCGAUGGGUGGGACACAACUAUUUGUAUUGAAGACGUUUAAGGAGUCACUUUGUUCUCCCUCUUUAUCGAAGCACCAUUACACCUACACUGGUACAUAUAGACCACAGGUGUCAAACUCAAGGCCCGGGGGCCAGAUACGGACCACCACAUCAUUUUAUGUGGCCCGCGAAGACAAAUUGUGCAUCAAAUUCGUGUGAUUCCAAUCCAGUUUCCGCCCCUCCCACAGCACAGAAACAGCCCUAACCAGAGUGACCAACAACCUUCUUAUGGCCCCUGACUCCCAUUCCACCUCGCUCCUCAUUCUUCUUGACCUCACUGCUGCGUCCAACACCAUUGACCUUAACAUCCUCUUCGACCGCCUCCAACACCACAUUGGCCUCUCCCACAGUGCCCUUCGCUGGUUUCACUCCUACCUCACUGACCGGACCGCGUAUGUGGUCCUGGGGGAUGCUAAAUCUCCCCCCCACACUGUCACCUGUGGGGUCCCCCAGGGCGCCGUACUCGAUCCUAACCUCUUCACCAUCUACAUCAGGGGUCUCAAUCUCCAGUCCUCGGGGGCCGCAUUCCUACAUGUUUUCCAAGUUUCCCUCGUUAAACAGACCUGAUUGAAAUGAUCAGUUCAUCCUCACGUUCUGCAGGAGCCUAUAUUUAUAUCUGUGCAUCUGCCCGAGCUCAGGCUAGGUUGCCAUGGCAACGAUGCAGCAAAACCCACACGAGACUGUAAUUAGCUUACCGUGAGCCUCUUUUAAGCCUAUAUGCUGCACCCAUCGUGUAAUAUUCACUCAAGCAUGUCGAUGUGCUAACGAGCGCUAGCUGUGUGUAUGCCAGUAAAUGGGACAGUGGGAAGAGGCUUGAAAUGCCCUUAGAAAGUGUUUCGCCAUCUGCUGAGUUUUCCUCACUGCACUGAGAGAAGGGAGGGAUUGUAGGUGGGGGUCUAUGGAAGAGUGAGGAUCCCUCCUCCCACUUCCACGACACAAAUCUUCCACUUUGAUUACCAAAGCCGUGUUAUCCAUGGGAAGCAUGUAUGAAUGACAUUUUUUCUUAUAACAAUUUACGAUUCUCCGUGUUUGAAUUGAACUACUGAAAUAAAUGAACUUUUAUCCCACAUUGUAAUUUUAGUGUACUAAUGUAAUAUUAUUAUUGUUAGCCAUUUUAUGUUUUACAAACAAACUGAAGAAAUAGUAAAGCACAUUAUUUCUUCGUCAAAUUUGUUAUUUCUUCGCAUCAAAAUGAAUGAAUGGUACGUUUAAUAAGAAAGUUGAGAAUUAUUUCUGGCUAAAAUUGCAGUCCAUAAAGGUAAAUUGAGUUUGAAGUCCUUAUUUUAGUUAAAAAAAAAAAAAGGAAAAAAAGGUAAAACAUCAAGAGCACC